AUGAGGCGGAGGAGUGGUCUGUCCACUGGUACUAGUUCUUACCGCGCCGCGGCGGUUUUCUUGACGACGUACUUGAAUUUUCACCGAGAAGAUGAACACCAACACACCACGAACUACACGUCCGUCCCGUCUGAAACCUCCACGAAAGCAAACAGCUUUGUGGCUGCCCUCUCGUUCUCAGCGGAGAAGAUGAAAACCAAAACCACGGCUCGCUCUAAAAAGCGGAAUAAAGC